GGGGGCAGGCGACCCGCCUGGCCCCUCCCGGCCAGAGCCGUGGACCCGGGAGACGCCGAGGCGCCGAGCCCCGCAGUCAUGGAGCCAGAGCCGGUGGAAGACUGUAUCCAGAGCACACUGGCCUCCCUGUACCCACCCUUUGAGGCCACGGCCCCCACACUCCUGGGCCAGGUGUUCCAGGUGGUGGAGCGAACGUACGGUGAAGACGCCCUGCGCUACACCCUGGAUUUCCUAGUGCCAGCCAAGCACCUGCUCUCCCGCAUCCAGCAGGAAGCCUGUGCCCAGUACAGUGGAUUCCUUUUCCUCCACGAGGGCUGGCCACUCUGCCUGCACGAGCGGGUGGUGGUCCAGUUGGCCUCCUUGCCCUGGCAGCUGCUCCAGCCUGGUGACUUCUACCUCCAGGUCGUGCCCUCGGGGGCCCAGGCGCCCCACCUGGCACUCAAAUGCCUGGCGCCAGGGGGGCGGCAGGUGCAGGAGCUCCCAGUCCCCACAGAUGCCUGUGCUUUCCUCUUUACCCCUGAGUGGCUGCAAGGUAUCAACAAGGACCGGACAGCUGGUCGCCUGACCACUUGCCUUCUGGCUGCCCCCGAAGGGAUCCAGCGCCUGCCCUGGGCCGAGCUGGUGUGCCCACGCUUUGUGCACAAAGGAGGACUUAUGGUGGGGCACCACCUGGGGCCCCCUCCCACGGAGCCCCUCAGUCCCCCGCCCCCGGAAGUCUUGGGGGCCCGCAGUCCCGGAGAUGGACACAACGCGCCAGUCGAGACCCCAGAGGGGGAGUACGUGGAGCUUCUGGAAGUGACGUUGCCUGAGCGAGGGGCUCCCGGGGCCAUGAGGGAGCCCCCCAGCCUGGUCAGGACUCACACGGUUCCCCCACGCAAGGGGACAGGGGGCAGAGGGCGGCACCGGCGGCACCGGGCCUGGCUGCACCAGAGGGGCGUGACGGAGCCUCGAGGCCAGAGUGGGGCCCACCUCCUGGAGGAGGGCAGCAGCCAUGCCGCCCCCAGCCUCCCGCUCCUGAUGGUUGAGUCUUCCUCCCAAGGGGAGGAGCCCGGGCCCCCUGACCUUCCGAUCCAAGCCCCAGUGGAGACGGAGUUGGAGGCUGCACCUGAGGGGCAGGAGGAGGAGGAAGAGGAGGCUGAAGGGGCCAAGGGGGAUCCGAGCCAAGGGGAUGAUGGUCUACCUGGAACCCUUGAGCCACCAAUCAAAGGGAACAGGAGGAAGAAUCAGGAAGCAGGGCCGGAAUCCACAGGGAGCAGGACAGGCAGCUCAGGGUGGGAGGGGGUUAAAAGUACCCCCAACCCAACCCAGCCUGCCAUCAGCUCUGAUACCCCAAGAGAAGACCAGUCCCCGGGGUCCAGCCCGGCCCGCGAGCCAUCCUGGCCGGAGAAGGUGGCGCCGGAGCCAGAGAGAGAAGGGGAGGGGAAGCCCGGGACCCCUGCCAGCCCGCAGCCUGCGGAGGAAGGAGACAGAGAGGCAGAGCCCAGUGGACAGAGUUUGGCAUCUGCUGAAGCCCCGGCUCCUCCGCACUCAGCUCCUGACUCCAAAGUGACUCCAGACUCCCUCUCCGAUGCCCCAGAAGUGAACUGGGACCUUCUGAGCUCCGGACUCCUCCUGCUCACUGGUGGGGUAGACCAGAGUGGACGGGCCUUGCUGACCAUCACUCCCCAGGACACCGCCCCUGAGUCCCAGCCCUCCCAAGAGGAGCUGAGUACUGCCCUCCGCUAUUUCCACUCAUUGCUCAGAUCAGAGCUGCAGACACUGGGGCUGUCGGUGCUGCUGGAUUUGCGCCACCCUGCUCACCAUCCCCCCCUUCCCCUGCCCCCUGGCCUCAUUCCUGCCCUGCGGGACCUCCAGGGCUCCGGGGACCCGGUGCUCAUCCAGCGGCUGCUGAUCCUGACCCAGGGUGACCCUCCCACUGACCUUGCUGACCUCCAGCAGGAAGCCGAGCUGCUGUUGGAGCGUGACCUCUCGAGUCUGCCGGAGCAGGAGGAACAGCUUUGGGGCCUGAGGGGGCACCGGGACCUCUCUCCCCGGGCCUGGGCCGAGAUUCACCGGGAGGUGGCGCUGCUGAGCCAGUUAUGCCGAGAGGUUCUGCGCUCCGUGCGAGAAGCCAUCGAGGAGCUGGAGACAGAUGGGGUGACCGAGCCUGAGAAGGAAGAGGAGGAGGAGGACGAGGAGGAGGAGGAGGAGGACAAGGAAGAGGAGGGGAUGUUGGGGUCCCCGGAGCCACUGCGGAAGCUCCUGGAAGACCCCAGACUGGCACGGCUACAACGGGAGGGAGGGUCCACCCUGAUGAAGCUGCGCAUGACCCACAGCAGCAGCGUGGAGGGCCCGGCCCCAGCCGUUCUGUACCAGGAGGUGGACGAGGCCAUUCAUCAGCUCGUGCGCCUCUCCAACCAGCACCUGCAGCGGCGGGAGCGGCGGCAGCAGCGCCAGCGCCAGCGGCGGGCCCUGCGGUGGCUGCGCGGCCCCGGGGAAGAGCAGCUGUUGAGCUUCGGGGAGCUGGGAGACUCGCUGUCCAGCUUGCAAGAGGCGGAGCUGCGAUUCCAGGCCUUCGGCGCAGAGGCCCAGGAGCAGCUAACUCAGGCCAGGUCCUCCCUGACCCAGGAGGACCUGGCUACCCAGCAGUCGCUGGAGGACUUUGAGCAGCGGCUGGAGCAGACGGAGAGCAACCUGCACCGUGCUCUACGCUUGCACCGCUUUUUCCAACAGGUCCACCAGUGGGCUGACGAGGGAGCCGCCCGGAUCGCGGACACGGGGGCAGGGCCGGGGUUAGGGGCAGGGCCAGGGCCAGGGCCAGGCCGAGGCACCCCGGAGCCCAGCGCGGGAGCCUUCCAGGAGAUGCGGGCCCUGGCGGUGGAGCUGGGGCAGCCGUCGGCCCUGCGGGAGUGGGGCCGCUGCCGAGCCCGCUGCCGGGAGCUGAGCCGCCGGCCGAGCCCCGAGCAGCCGCGGCGCGGGGCCGAGGCGGAGGCGGAGGCGGAGGCCGGCCCCCGGGGGCAGCGGCGCGGGCCGGGGCCGGGCCGCCGGCGCCGAGCGGCCCCCAAGCCCGGCCGCGGGGACCCCCAGCCCCACCCCCCCAGCCCCGCCAGCAGUCUCGGCUCCUUGCUGGGCUCCGGCAGCCCCGAAAGCCCCCCGCCCCCGGCCCUGGCGCCCCGAGGGUCCUGCGCGGAGGACAGUGAGGAGGAGCAGGAGGAGGACGACGGGGAGGAGGAGGACGGGGAGGAGGAGAGGGGGGCGGCGUCGGCGGGGGGCUCCCGAGGACGGCCGCCCCGCACGGUGCAGAUCCGCGGCUUGGAGGUCAGCAGCACGGAGGUUGUGGACCGGACCUGCUCUCCCCGGGAACAUGUGCUGCUGGGCCGGACAGGGGCCCCCGAGGGGCCCGCCGGGGGCGGCACCCCCAUCCUGGAGCGAAAGCGCAGCCUCGGAGCGCAGAAGCGGCUGGUGGCCGAGCUCCUGUCCUGGGAACAAGAGUACGUGUGUGCCCUGGGCGAGCCGCUGGCCCCCGCGGGCCCGGAGCUGAAGGCGGAGUUGCGGGAAAAAUGGAACACGGUACUGGGGGCCCGGGAACGGCUGCACAGAUUCCACCGGCUCCACUUCCUCCCCGAGCUGCAGGGCUGCGCUGCCCGGCCCCUGCGGGUGGGAGCCUGCUUCCUGCGCUACGGGGACCAGUUCAGCAUGUACACCCAGUACAUGAAGCAUCGGCACGAGUUGGAGACCAUGCUGACAACCCUCAGCACCCCCGCCAAGGGCUCGGGUCCCAGUGGUCCCAGCGGUCCCAGCGAGUGCUGCCCCUCACCCUGGCCCCUUCAGCGACCCCUGGAGCAGCUGGGUCACUAUGGGCGGCUGCUGCGGGAGCUGCUUCAGGAGGCGGGGUCCGAACGGGGACCCGAGCACCAGGCCCUGGCAGCGGCUUUGCAGUUGCUGCAGGAUCAGGAAGAGGAAGGACACAACCUACUAGCUGUGGAGGCCGUGCGAGGCUGCGAGGUGGACCUGAAGGAGCAGGGCCCCCUGCUGCUCCGCGACACCUUCACCGUGCUCUGUGGCCGUCGGAAAAGCCUCCGCCACGUCUUCCUCUUCGAGCACCUGCUCCUCUUCAGCAAGCCCAAGGGUGCCGAGGGCAGCGCCGGCCCCUUCGUCUUCAAGCAGGCCUUCCAGACGGCUGACAUGGGGAUGACUGAGAACAUCGGUGACACCGGGCUCUGCUUUGAGCUGUGGUUCCGCCGCCGCCGCUCCCGGGAGGCCUACACGCUGCAGGCCGCCUCUCCGGAGCGCAAGCACAAGUGGACGUGUGCCAUCGCCCAGCUAUUGUGGAGACAGGCGGCCCACAGCAAAGAUAUCCGGGUGCAGCAGAUGGUUUCCAUGGGCCUUGGGAACAAACCAUUCUUGGACAUCAAGGCCCUUGGGGAGCGAACGCUGAGCUCGCUGCUCACAGGGAGAGCCGCCCGCACCCGGGCCUCCGUGGCCACUCCGUUCUGCGAGCCCACCAGCCCCUCUCCACCGGGCCUCUCCCCGGGCUCCUGCUCGCUGCCUGCCCGCAUCGAGGAGGCGACGGCGGCAUGGGAACUGGACGUCCAGCACAUCUCCCUGGCCUCUGAGUCACCCAACUCGUCCGGAGGCACCCCUCCAGGCUCAAGGAACAUCUCCAGCACACCAGAUCCCCACCGGGGUGGCAGCCCCCAUGCCCAGGCAAACAACGUGGCCUUAAGGAUGCCCUGGCCGAGCCACAGUCGCACCUCCAGCGACCCCAUCACCCCGCUGUGACCCGGAGCCUGGGAGGAGAGCAGGACCGAGCCUCCGCAGGCAUCGUCACUGGCGGUGGCGGCGGCGGGGGCCGAGGGAAUCCGCGACACGGAUGGGCCAUUGCCGUUCUACAUCUUCGACUAGGGCACGGCGGGCGCCCGCAUUCUCUUCUCCCCCUCCCGCCGCCGCUUAGGUGCCUUCUCUCCCCCAGCCCCACCCACCGUCGGAGCAGGGCUGGCUAUCUCACCUCUGCCUUGCCCCAGUGUCCCGAACGUCCUUCUGGACAAUCUGUCCCUCUCCCCGUCCCCAACGCAUUCUUUCUCUUCCUCUCUCAAACCCUGGGGCCCGAAGAGUGGCUGAAAACCGAGCUAUGCAAACGAGCGGGGGUAGGGGGUGAGGGGGCCUCCUCCAUGUAACUUCUCCCCAAAGCCCCCGUUGGGAAAUUAAAUCUGUCGACCGACUCGGCGAGCCCUUGGCCAGGGGCCCCCGAGAGUCCUUGGGAGGGAGGGGCGUUGGGCGUCCUUCCUCCAGGGCGGUUGGAGGGAGCCGGGCGGAAACAGGGAGGCGGCUCCUCGUGCCCGACACGCGUUUAUUGGAGAAUCGGCUCCACCACAAUGCUGGGACCCAAAAUAGCGACGCCUACGGGUCCCUGCGGGGAGGGAGAGGGUUAGGGUUCCCCUCUCUUCUGUCCGGUACAAAAAUAAACUCUCCCGGCUACGG